CGCAUGCGCGGUGACUCCUCUGGCCCCCCGAAAGUCGGGCGGCGGCGUCCUGCUGGCCGCUGCAUUCCCGCCUCCCAUCUGCACGUGCACACCCAGGGGACUCGGCGCUGUGGGGCGUUCACCGGAGUGGAGGAAGGGAAGGGCGCGGAGCCUCGGCCGGGGUGUCCUGGCAGAACAGUGCGUUCGGGGCGUCGUCUCGCUGGAAGUGGAGUCCACACUCUGCAGUGCAAAUUGAGAUCACCAUAUCGAAGCAGCGUGUGGCGGGCUCUGGCCAGGAGACUCCCGGGACCCGGCAGCCGCCUCUGUCCUCUGUGCUGGACCCCAGCGCCCCCAAGCGCCGCUCCCGAGCCCUGGCGCGUCUGUGAGAGCAGCGACCGUGGACGAAUCUCUGAAGGGACGGUGUCAUUUGAAGACGUGGCUGUGAACUUCACAUGGGAGGAGUGGCGCUACCUGAGUGAAGCUCAGAGGACCCUGUACUGGGAUGUGAUGCUGGAGACCUGCAGUCACCUGGUGUCCCUAGGGCAUUGUGUUACCGAUCCUGAGGAGAGCAUCAGGUCGGGGCAGGGAGUACAGCCGUGGACUGUGGACGAUCCCCCAAACCAGGCCCUCUCAGUAUCCUCUUCAGUUCCUGGCAAUGCCAUUCAUGUCCACGGUAGCUGUCUCUCUGCAGGGCAUACCGCAUGUUGCGUGGGUAUAAAGAAAGACCUGCUGAGACCCUCAGGAGGAGAUACUUGCUGGAGAGAAGGUGUCUGUGUCUUCCUCACUCCUACCUGGCUCCACUUGCCCUCAGCCCUCAGAAAAACUUCACCAAGGCCGUCCUCUCCUGCUGAGAUCCCUGACAGGACAUCUAGCUGGAGCUGGUCUCCAACCUGCUCGGAUUCCCCACCUUGAAUACUCCCUGUUCACUGAACUCCGCCCUUGAUCCUUCCAUCAGACAGGAGUAUGGAAUCAGGAAGAGGUAAAAUGCAUCUUGAUUUUCCCUAAUUCUAACUAAAAUUUAGCUUUUUAUUUAAUGGUGGCAUCACAUUACAGUUGUAGCAGCAGUGUCUGUGAUUGUCCUGCCAGCAGAACCACAUGUAUUUUCAGCUCUCAUGAUUGGUUUUGCUUUUACAGUUGACUGACCCUUAAACAACAUGGGGUUGGGGCGCUGAUCCCGAGCGGUGGAAAAUCCAUGUAUGACUUUUAAGCCCCCAGAAACUUUAUAGUCAUUCCUUGGUAUCUGGGGGAAUUGGAUUUAGAAUGACACCCCCACACCCCCAGCAGAUCACAGAAGUGCACAGAUGCUGAAGGUCCAUAUAGUUGGCCUGGAGAGUCCUCAGCACAGAGUCAACCUGCUGACAUCUGUUCACCAGACUGAGUCCUGCAUCAGGAGCCAAAACACCACCAGGGGGCUGAUGUCCUGUUGCUGGGCUCUGCCCCUGGUGGUUCCUGCCCUCUGGCUUUACUCAGUUCCAGCAGGGAAUCAGCUCGUCGGUGGCUUUGUUCUGGUCACCGGGUGGCGCCAGAGACCUGCACUGCUGACCUUCCUUUUCACCAGUGGUUCUCUGAGAAAAGGUGGGGGGGGGGGCACCUCAACACAGGGGCUGUCAUUCAAGCUGGGUGUUGUGUCUGCAGCGCAUUCACCCGGCGCUGUGCCCGCAGCUGUGUGGAUCCCGCCCCUGAAUGCUGCGCUCUAGGUCUCAGUUCCAGGGCUGUCAGGUCCAAAACGCUGGCUGUCGCCCUGUGCAGUGCCCGCUGCUAUGGCGCGUCCACGCCCUGGGUCCUGUGUCUGGCUCUCCGCUCCGUGAUGGGGUCUUGCUGCACGCCUGGUUUCCCUUCUUACCCCAUAGGCGCGGCCCAGCCCCUCUCACCAUCUGAGGGUGGUUUGGGGAUCCCUGGCUUCCCACCAUCAGAAAGGUGGUGAUUUUGUUCUGGGCACAAGGUGGCGCCAGAGAGAUCUCCGUGUAUCCUACCAGAACUGCCUUUUUUUCCCUGUAGGUCUCGGGGAAUAGAGUGGGGGUGAUGGGGUUUUUGGAGCCUGAGAUCCUGGGAUUCACUCUGGGAAAUGUUUCCCCAGACCCUGUUUCAGCAGCCCCCGGGAGUUCCCCAGGUCGCUCCUCCACGAGACGGAGUCGUUACUUGUGUUUACCGGGCAGGUUUCUCAGGGGAAGGGCAGGGGCAGGUUUGCUGAGCGAGGCCUGCGCGGGUGCAGGUGGCGGCCUUGAGGAGAGCGGCCUCCGCUGAGGGAGGUCCCUGGAGACGUCCUGGCAGGUACCGGCCACCGCCAGGAGACUGCGGCCCGCAGAGGCGAGAGCUGGUGAGAAGAGGCUCCUGCGUGGUCCCGGGCGGGCAGGGGGGCGGCUGCCCCGGGCCUGUGCGGAGCCUGCCCUGCCACAGCCCCUUUCUCCUUGGGAGGCGCGCUCCUCCGGGAGCGGCUGCUUGCUGCGGAUGUUGGGCAACAGGCAGCGCUAGAAAGGGACCAGAGAUUCCGGGGUGGGCCCGUCUCCACAUCCUUCCCCUCAGGCCUGUGCCCCACUCCCUAGAGCAGGGACCCUGCUCCCUUCCUGCCUCCUGACAAGGCGCUGGCGCCUGAGGGUCCCCGACCUGCACAGCUGGGUAAGGGUCCUGUGCAUGUGCUCGACCCCCACCUCCUAGUGUGAGUCAGGAUUUGGCCUUGGGGCUCGUCCUUUCCAGUCUUUCCAUUCUUGUCCUCCGUCAUCCCCCCCCCCCCAACCUUAUCCAGCCCAAAAUCUCUUGGGGAGUUGAAGGGAGGAGGUCCAUUUUCAGGAGCUGCUCCCUGCUGGAGUGGCAUGUAGAGCUGGCCCUGCCUCCAAGGGCCCGGGAGAGGGUCUCCCUGACACUCGUCCCUGAGCUGCCUGUUGGUGGUUCUGGAAGGAGGUGAGGGGGGCAUCUGGACAGGCCGUUCCCCUUGGAGGGGUGAGCUGUUUGUUGGGAGGAGGAGUUUAACCUUGAGGCGCUCCCCCUCGCUUAGAAGAAACAAAUUUGAGUAGGAGAUUGUGUAUGUUAAGAUUUGAAGAGGAGAAUGAGAAGUACAGCAGCGGCUAAGGGCCCUCGGUCACAGGUGAAGUUGUAACAGGGGGUCCCCAGGAAAGGGGAGGUUCCAGGUUCCCUGCCCCACCCAAGGGAGGGUGGAGCUGAGCAGGGAGAGGAGAAGCUGCAGAGGAGACUGAGAAGGAAGGAAGCAGGAUGGCAGAACCUGUUUAGAGCAGGCAGGGUUGCAGGUCUGGGCUGCCCCCUCCCUGCCCUGGAGCAAAGUCAUUGGGGCCAGCACUGAGUGUAGGCUUAGUCACAAGCCGAGCAGUAGUAGAAUAGCAAGUGUUGGGGUUGGGACAUGAGAGCACAUUGCACCAGGGACGCAGCCCAUUUUUCGAGUGCCCUUAGACUGAAAGAAUGUCGGUGGGAUAUUUGUUCCUUGCAGAGGAGCUGUUCUAAAUCCCCUGUGUCCCUAGUUAGAGCAACACCCACCCGGGGAGCCCUGAAAUGCUGGAGUAAGGCACAAAGCCAGGGACUCAGCAGGAGGGUUGGCUUGCUGUGUGCAGAGUCCCAAGGCCAGUGAAAACUACUGGUUUCUUAGUUUAGUUAGGGACAGUGUUGUGCGCCUUAUCACUGGGAGGCUCGUCAGACUCAGGAAAGUUGGGUGAGCUUUGAAGUCAAGUUAGAGUGAGGACCGCAGUCCACCUUUUUAUUUAUUCAUUCAUUCAUUCAUUCAUUCAUUCAUUUAUUAAAGAUUUAUUUAUUGUAAUAUAAGAACCGGGGUACAGGCCAGAUGCGUGGGAGGGUGAGAGGAUUCACCGGAGACAGCGGAGAGAAGAACAGGCAGACUGCCUGAAAUCCACUGCUGAGGGUAGCAGCGGGGAGACAGGAGAGGUCUGCUGUACACCUGUAUAUCUCCCAGGCCGGGAUCCAACCUGCGCUGCAGUGGCCGAGGACAGCCCCAUGGCCUGCAUCCCAACCCCUUGCCCCACCAGGGAGGCCCCAUAAAAUGAUUUUUUUUAAUAUUUUUUUAUGCAUGCAAGAGCUGGGAUACAGGCCAGAGAUGCAGGGGGUGAGAGGAUCCACCGGAGAGUGGGGAACAGAACAGCAGACUGGCUGAAAUACGCUGCUGAGGGGAGACAGGAGAGGUCUGCCUCUCCGUGUGGGUUGCUCCCUGACCUGCAGGGAUUGAACCCGUGCUGCAGCGGCUGCGGAUUGCUUCUCGGUGCGGCCCUCAACCGCCUGCGCCACCAGGGAGGCCCCAUUAAAAUAUUUUGAAAGACAUUUUCCGAGUUUGGCCUUGGUCCCAUCCUUCUCGCUGUUUCCAAGAUCUGUGGCCCAAAAACAGUUUCCAUCAGAGCCCUGGGGGCAGGACGGGGCGCCCUGAAAGUUCAGUCUGCCCUUUGAGCCCCACCCGCCCGGUGACGCUUCGCCCAGGGCGCGCUGCAGUUCACCCACCGCGCAGGCAGCAGCCAGGCCUCCGGGGCAACCUUCGUUCAGUGGGGAGGAGCAGCGGGUCUUCAGAUCUGUUCGGUGACUUCUGUUACCUGGGAAAAUGUCCAUCCUUCCCCUCGUUGUUUAAACAGCUUCUCUCUGUCUUGGCCAGAAGAUGCGCGGGGGCUCCACGUGCUGCUCUUUGUGGCAUUUUUGGAAAACCUUGUGGGAGAGAAAUUGCUGGGUAAGUGCAGAGGAGCCUCCACCCAGCCCUGUGAUGCCCACGAACCGGGAAGGCAUUUCUAAUAGUGGGGGCGUCAGGUGUUCCGUCCCCACACACAUCUCUGCUCCAGGGAGAGGAGCAGACUCCAGGCAGGUCCUCGCACCCCAGGGGGCACCGCCCUUGGGGCAGGGCAGGCUCUGCGGGGACAGCAGCCAGGGAAGGUCGGGGCUCCAGGCAGGGGAGAUGGACCCGCAGACCCCUGUGAGCCCCCCUCUCCCUGGGGCAGCCCCGGGCAGGGGAGAUUCAGCUCCUGCUUUCAG